CGUUGUCUGAUAAGGGUCCACAUUUUAAGCAGGUCUUUACUUUCCGCUUCUGCCUAUCAUGACCUCGAUUUUGGUCUGACCUUCGUCCAAUUCAUGACACCGAUCAGGAAUGUCGACCCCUCAUCAGCGAUCUCAUCACGGCUGCUGGACGUGCAAGGCCCGACGCCGCAAAUGCGAUAGAACGAGACCCAACUGCCAAUCCUGCAUUCAGCGCGGGCUCCAAUGUGAGGGAUAUGAGGUCCGGCUGCGAUGGGGAGCCGGCAUUGCAUCGCGAGGCCGUUACACUGGAGCAGAAGAGCCAAUCGAGACCUCCGUACCUGCAAGGCGCAAAGGACGGCGGCGUGAUCUGAGUCGUGAGAGGCGCCGAACCCAGCAAGAAGUUGCAUAUAUCGCCAAUGUGGGGAAGACGAGGACUACCGCAUCCCCUCCUUGCAGUAAUAGUGCAUCUUAUGAUGCUAGCACUAAUUUCUCCUCUGACCUGUCUCCACUAACGUCCCCCGAAGCACGACAGCGAUCAGAAGAAGACGAGGUACUCUUCCAGAGAUUCCUUACUUCAGGCGUUAACACUUUACACUCAACAACGACCGAUGACCCUGCCAGUCUAUUGGGAGCGCAACUUCCUACACUUUCUCAGCAAUCCGAUGCACUAUACUUCAUCUGCCUGGCUCUCCAAGUUUCAAUAUCCGAUGACAUUGGCUCUCGAUUCUUCGAGUAUUACGACGCGGCUCUGAACCAUUUUAGAUCCGAACUGGCACACAGUGCGUCAUACUUGCCGGAUGGUACACUUGCAGCGGGGCUUCUUCUCUGCAGCGUUGGGGUUUUGCGUGGCACACCGUGGACGAUGCACCUCCGAGGUAUGUACAGUAUCAUUCAGUUGCAAGGGUUCCGAAACCUUCUGUCCGAAACCAGUACAUUCCGCACACAUCUCUUCGAGGUAAUGGGUGUGAUGGAUCUUCCUACUUUUACCAUUGGUCGCCGAAACUCCUGUCUUGGUUUCUGGAGAAACCACUGUCGAGAACGCAAAGACCCCACUGCAAUCAAUUCAGAAAUAGGUCAUGAUGUCGAGGUGGUAAGCGGCCUUCCAAGGUCUUUACUCGAUAUUUUCUCCUGUAUUGGCACUCGAGAGGCCAACGAAGAAAAAUUUUGGAAUUGGCCUGGUGCCCAGGGGACGUUGCUGCAAUGCCAGCUGUGGGAAGCUUAUAGAUCGGCGGGAAUUCUGGCCCUGAGACAUCGUCGCUUGCACCGAUUUGAUGAUAUGAUCGUAUCACAACCAGAGAACCAUCAAGAGACAGCGCUCCGGAAACGAGCUCUCCCUACCACGGAAGUGCUUGUGUUGCGCAUUUUCAGUAAUCUGGAUGCGAUCUUCAGAGCGACAAAGGAGCCUGAGGGAGCAGGUACUUUGCUUCUGAAUGCGGUCUUCUACCCUCUGACUGUUGCUUCAUUGGAAUCCCAUAUCAUGAAUGAAAGACCAUUUCUGAAAGCCUUGAUCAAAGGCUGGGGUGACAACCUUCAUGACCCGCCUGGGAAUGAGCGACUCUUGCAGAUCUUGUCGGAAAUCCUCGAGGAAUGGUGGAUAUCUAGCCCUGAGCAAACCAGCAUACAUGAACUUGCUUAUGUGCGAGGGUUGGAAAUUGCGUUGUAUUGAUCAGGAUCAUACAAGAUAACUACACUUAGGAACUGAGAUUCUGUGCCUGUCGAAACAUGAGCCAAACUUUGGCGAUGUCUUUUUCAUCGGUCAAAUCCACUUUUUCAACAACCUCAAAUCCUAGCUUCUCAUAGAACUUCACAUUUUGCUCCGCUGUGCACUCUAAGAAAAUCGGCGAAUCCUGAACACGGUCCAGAACCCACUGCAUCGCCAUGCUGCCCAAUCCUCGGCCUUGAAGAGAAGGAUGAACAGCUAAUACUUCAAGAUACCACAGAUCGUUUACAUCAUAUCUUUUUCUGAUGGCGUUGAGUGAGUUUUCGUGAGACUUCAUAAGGGUCUCCACGCGCUGCGGUGUGACUGGG